AUGACAAUCCACCUCUACGCCGAGCAUUUGCUCAACAUUCGCGCCAUCUCCAUCCAAGCAGUUUUGUCAACGGUCUCCAACAAGGAGACCCGCGCGACCCUCUCCGCAGAUGGAAGCUGCAUGUCGCUCAGCCAUGAAGGGGAAACCGCGACCAUCAAGCUGCCUAUCCAAGUCCCCGGUGGCCACAAUGCUGCCACUCUGACCAUCCCAGCCGCACCGACUAAGGACUUGAGCUUUCGUGUGCAACUUCAGGAGAAAUCGGACUCCCAGGGGCUGCUCACCCAGGGCGCUCACCAGGACGACCACGUUGUGCCGUGGACAGCGCGCUCCUUGACAGCCGAUGUGCAACUCCGCUGCAACCAUUGUCAGCAGAUCUUGCUCGAGAGCGGCAAAAUCCACGUCUGGAAAGACCUGCCCUCCGAAAAUUGGGCAGAGAUGAUGGACUUCUGGCACUGCCAUCGACCUCACGUGCAUGACAAUGAUCACACAGCGCCCGUAAAAGGCUAUUCUGCAGACAGUAUGCUUGCAAUCUCAUCCGGUGUGGGCAUGGUGGAUCCUGUCGAUUUCGUCUUCGCACCGGAAGAUUGCUGUAGUCUCAAGAUUCGCUCUUCAAGUGACAGUAACAGUACAGCAGGAGAGCAGCUGGCAUGUGCAUCAUGUAGCACCAUCCUCGGCCAUAUCCACACGAGUGGUGGCUACAAAUUACGCAAGUUGCAUCUGGCGCUUUCGUCGUCUACCCAGCCAGCCCCGACAUCAUAUGCAUCGGAGAAGUGGUGGUCAUGUUUGCUGCUGUCUUCCGUCGAGUGUCAAGGCGUUCGAAAGUUCACUGCACAAAGCACGACUCCCAGCUCACAAGGUCUAAAACUUUGGGUCUUCACGCCAGACAUGACCGUCUCUACAUCAGCUUUCGAAACACCAGAACCCGUGCGAGCAGCAAAAAUAUUCUGGCAAGACUGCGAUUUAUCAUCGCAAGACAUUGGAGCGCUCAACCAACAAGCACUUGCCGAAGGCGAACUUGAACUCCCUCCUGGCGAGAUGGAAGAGCUCCGAGCGAAACUAGCGAAUAGCGCGCAGUUGCUGCCGAGCAACGCUCGAAAAUUCCAGCAGUGGAAUGUAGCACUCUUGCCUCGAUUUGUGGAUGCAGAUAUAUGA